GUCCCUUUUGUGUUCACCUCUCCGCUCGACUGGUGUCAAUUUGGUUUGCUACGCUACCCGUCGCUGUGCGAGGCAACACACACAACUAAAUAUAUAUAUUACUCCCCCCCCCCCACCACACAUACACACUCAGUACAUCUAAGGGAACGAAAAAAAAUAUACCUUUGGCGCAUAAAAUAGAAAGACCGUUGAGAGCUUCGGAAAAGAAGAAAAAGGAAAUCAACGAAGCGUGCCACGUCCUCAAGAGCGGCGUUUUUGCGUUCUUUUUUGUUGUUGGCUUCUCUGCUUUUCAGAGUGUGUCGGCUGUCUACCGCGCUCGGAACUUAAUAACAUUUUUUCCUUUUCUUGUUGCUUUGUCAUUUAUUGGGAGCUACGCGGUGCUUGGCGCGGGCGUUGCAGCUGUAAAACACUUAAAGAGAAAAAGGAGGCCAAGACUGUGAGAGGAAAUACGAGACGUUCUGUCUUGCUGGUUAUUCGUGUUUCCGAUUAAAUUAUCUUUGUGCUUUUUUAAAUUCUUUUUUUUUGCUUUUUCCAUUGCACACUUCCAUUAAAAACAAAAAAAAAAUAGCAAGCCAUCCAAAAAAGAACUUACAUUCCUACAUAUUAUUUUUCCCUUACAAUCUACAACCAUACAGUACUAUUGCACGCUUACACAGACACCCGUAGCUAUAUAUUUGUUUGUUGUGCUCCGGUACAAACCAGAAUCGCAUAGAUAAUACCUUUUUUUUCCCUCUUCAUUUCGUUACUCAAAUCCAGAAAGCAAAGAUGGGCCGCACUGUUGAACAGAUAUAUCAGAAAAAGACGCAACAUGAGCACAUUCUCACGCGGCCCGACAUGUACAUCGGUACAAUCGAGCCCGUGACGGAUGACAUGUGGGUCUACGACAACGCGGAGAACAUCAUGAAACAGCGCAAGUGCACCUGGAUACCGGGGCUGUACAAGAUCUUUGACGAGAUCCUCGUCAACGCAGCGGACAACAAGGUGCGCGAUCCUCUGGGGCAGACGAUCAUCCGGGUGUGGAUGACGGACGAGUACGUGCGCGUGUACAACAACGGCGAGGGCAUCCCCAUCCAGAAGCACCGGGAUCACGAUUUGUGGGUGCCGGAGAUGAUCUUUGGCCACCUCCUCACCUCGUCCAACUACAACGACGCCGAGGCGAAAGUGACCGGCGGCCGCAACGGCUUCGGCGCGAAGUUGACGAACGUCUUUUCGAAGCAGUUCGAGGUAGAGACGGUGCACGGGCGGUCGCGCAAGAAGUUCUACAUGAAGUGGACGAACAACAUGCUCCAGCACGACGACGCCGUCAUUGUGCCGUGCGAUAGCGCCGACUACACGAUGGUCACCUUCUACCCCGACUUCGACCGUUUCCACGUGGCGAAGUUCACCGAGGACAUGCUGCUGAUGAUGAAGCGGCGUGUCUACGACGUGGCGGGGUGCACAGACAAGACCCUCAAGUGCUUCCUCAACGACGAGAGAAUCGCGUGCACGACGUUUCCAGAGUACGUGGACUUGUACCCCACAAUGGGGGAGGAGAAGAAGGCGUCGAGCUAUGCCCGCGUGAAUGACCGGUGGGAGCUGUGCGUGCGUAUCUCCAACAUGGGCUUUCAGCAGGUGAGCUUCGUCAACUCCAUCGCCACCACGCGUGGCGGCACCCACGUCAAGUACAUCAUGGAUCAGAUCGUGACAAAGGUGACGGAGCAGGCGAAGAAGAAGCGAAAGACGGAUGUGAAGCCGCACAUGAUUCGCCCACACAUCUUCCUCUUUCUCAACUGCCUCAUCGAGAAUCCCGGCUUCGACUCGCAAACGAAGGAGACGCUCAACACGACGAAGAUAAAGUUCGGUAGCACGUGCGACCUGCCAAACAGCCUCAUCGACUACAUCGUCAACUCCGGCAUCGUGGAGCGCUCGGUGGAGAUGGCGAACAGCAAGCUGACGAAGGAGAUGGCGUCGAAGAUGCGCUCGUCGGAUCGGAAGCAGAUUAUGGGCAUCCCGAAGCUGGACGACGCGAACGAGGCGGGCGGCAAGUACAGCCACCGCUGCACGCUCAUCCUGACAGAGGGCGACUCCGCCAAGACGCUCUGCACGGCCGGCCUCGCCGUGAAGGACCGCGACUACUUUGGUGUGUUUCCGCUGCGCGGCAAACCCCUCAACGUGCGCGAGGCCUCGCUGAAGAAGCUGGCCCAGUGUGAGGAGAUCCAGAGCGUCAUGAAGAUUAUGGGGCUGGAUCUGCGUCAGAAGUACGAGAACGUCGAUGGUCUGCGCUACGGGCAUCUUAUGAUCAUGUCCGAUCAGGAUCAUGACGGGUCGCACAUCAAAGGUUUGCUCAUCAACUUUAUCCACUGCUACUGGCCGAACCUGCUGCGUAUCCCCGGCUUUCUGCAGCAGUUCAUCACGCCGAUCGUGAAGGCGCGUCCGAAGGGGCACGGCGGGGCUGCCAAGGCCAUCUCUUUCUUCUCCAUGCCGGACUACUUCGAGUGGAAGCAGGCGAUUGGCGACAACAUCAGCAACUACCAACUGCGCUACUACAAAGGUCUCGGCACAUCUGGCGCAGAGGAAGGCCGCGAGUACUUCGAAAACAUCGAUCGCCAUCGCCUCGACUUCUAUGAGCAGAGCCCGCAAGAAGAGGACCGGAUUGUGAUGGCGUUCGGCAAGGACCGCGUUGAGGAUCGCAAGGACUGGAUCACGAAUUUCAAGACGAAUGUCAACGUGAAUGAGUCGAUGGACUACAACGUGCGCCAGGUGUCUUACAAGGACUUCGUGGACAAGGAACUCAUUCUCUUCUCCAUCGCGGACUGCGAGCGCAGCAUUCCGAGUGCAAUUGACGGCUUCAAGCCGGGUCAGCGCAAGAUUCUCUUCUCCUGCUUUAAGCGCAACCUCGUCAACUCGAUUAAGGUGGUGCAGCUGGCCGGUUACGUCUCGGAGCACUCCGCCUACCAUCACGGCGAGCAGUCGCUCGUGCAGACCAUCGUGGCGAUGGCGCAGGACUUUGUCGGCAGCAACAACGUCCCGCUGCUGCGCAAGGACGGCCAGUUUGGUACCCGUCUACAGGGCGGCAAGGACCACGCCGCGGGUCGUUACAUCUUCACUCGGCUCAUGCAGGUCGCCCGCGCCAUCUUUCACCCGGCAGACGGCUACAUUGUGGAGUACAAGGACGACGACGGGCUGUCGGUGGAGCCGUACUUCUACGUGCCCGUCAUUCCAAUGGCGCUGGUGAAUGGCACGGCUGGUAUUGGUACCGGCUUCAGCACGAACAUCCCGAGCUACAACCCUUUCGAGGUGAUCGACAACUUGGAGCGGCUGAUGCGCGGCGAGGAUACGAAGAAGAUGCAGCCGUGGUACUUCGGCUUCACUGGCGCCAUGGAGGAGAAGGAGCCCGGUAAGUUCGUGUCGCACGGCAAGUACGAGAUUCGCCCCGACGGCGUGGUGUGCAUAACCGAGCUGCCGAUCGGUGUGUGGACGCAGAACUACAAGAAGUUUCUCGAAGAUUUGCGUGAGAAAGAGAUGGUGGUGCAGUACCGUGAGUACACGACGGAUCUCACGGUGGAUUUCGAGGUCUUCUUGCACCCCCAGGUGCUACAGCAGUGGGUGGCGCAGGACGUCGUGGAGGAGCGCCUGCAGCUGAAGGAGUUUGUGCACGCGACCAACAUUAUCGCCUUCAACAGGGAGGGCCAGAUCACUAAGUACCUCGAUGCCGAGUCGCUGCUGAAGGACUUCUACCUGGUGCGCCUGGAGUUCUACGCGAAACGCAAGGACUACCUACUCGGCGAGCUGCGUCGACUGACCAGCAAGCUGGAGAACAUGGUCCGCUUCGUGCGCGAGGUGAUCGAGGGCACGCUGAUCGUGACGAAGCGCAAGAAGAAGGAGCUGCUGGACGACUUGCAGCGCCGGCAGUACCUGCCCUUCCCGCCCUACUCCAAGAAGAAAGUGUCCGCCAUGACGGUCGAGGAGGAUGAGGAGGAGCAGCGGACCAGUGCGCAGGCGAACGACGAGGAGAAUCUUCUCGGACUCACUGCCGACCCCGCUGCCAUGGAGGACACAGAGGCGCGUGAGACACCUGAGCUGCGUCGUGCGACCCGCGCGUACGACUACCUGCUGGGCAUGAAGCUGUGGAAUCUGACGGCGGAGAUGAUUGCCCGGCUGGAGGCACAGCUGCAGCGCGCGCGCCACGACACGGCCCUCAUGGAGGCCCGCACGCCAAAGGACAUCUGGACGGAGGACCUGAAGGUGCUGCGUGAGAAGCUGGAGAGCUACUUUGCGGACCGAGAGAAGGAAAUCGCAACGGUGCAGCGCAAGAAGAUGGAAAAGAAGAAGCCCUUCGACUCUCGCCGCUUGCGGGUGCCGAUCCUUUCCGACAAGGCCCGCUCGCAGCUGCAGAAGGAUGCGGAGAAGGCUGCGAAGGCGACGGGGCGCCGUGCUGGCGGCGAUGACGCAAGCGUUGGCGGCGCCUCCUCUGCCGGUGGGGCGGGCACGCGACCGCCGCCGAAGAAGGCAGCGAGGCGGCGGCGAAGGAAGAAGGACAGUGACGAGGACAGCGAGUUCGACGAGGACGACUGGAUGGACGAUGAUGACGACGACGAUGACGACGAGGGCGGCAACAUCGUGGGUAUGGGCGACGCUGGGGCACCGCCGGUGGUGGUGGCCGCGGCAGCGUCGCAACGAAAGCCGCGGUCUGCCUCGCCCAAAGCGAAGACUGCCGCGAAGAAGCGCACGCGAAGGAAGAAGAGCGAGAGUGACAGCGACGACGACAGCGACGACGAUAGCGAUGGUGGUGGCAGCAGCAGCAGCCCGAAGCCGGCGCUCAGAAAGCCGAAGCGCGAGAAACCAACCGCAAAGGAAGCGACACACGUGAGGGAUGACUUCGACUUGGAUGGGUUUGGACUCGACGCGCUUACGGCUCCCUCGUCAACCGCAAGGACUGCCGCCGCUAAAGCAAAGUCAGCAAUGACGGCCACCACCGCCACAUCGUCGCAGCCUUCUGGAAGUACCAGCACCGCCGCAAGCAUGAACGGGCACUCGAUGCUGGCCCCCCGCAGCACCGCCCUCGACGACGACGAUGACGACCUUCUGCUGCUCGGCCUCACAAAGGCGAAGACGGAGACGCCGUCGGGCACUACGGCAACGACGAAUGGAAAGGCCGCCGCAUCGUCCGCCGCCAAACCUCGUGCAAAGGCGGCAUCGCAGCGCAAGCGUCGUGGUGGUGACUCCAGCGAGGAGAGCGACUCCUCCGACUCUUCUUCCAGUGACUCCUCCUCCGCGUCGUCGUCGGAGUCAGAUUCGGAUUACAGCUUCAGCGACUAA